CUCCUCUCCAUCUCGCAGCUAAGGCACGCUCUACUGCAUCUACAGAGGAUAAGAAAAAAGGUCGACGCCGGCGCGGCUUACUCGCGCGCCCAUCAUGACGAGCAUGUUUUUUCCGCGGCCCUCCUCGAGCAUCGAGCCCUCCACCGUCUCCCGGAACCGCCGCCUCUGUCAACGGAAUGCAAGGGAGAAGAGAAAGAAAGAAAAAAACGGUGAAAAGGUGGACGGCGAGACUGACGGUGGCCUCUGUCUUCUUGAGAGACGCAACCGGCGUCCGUUUUCCCCCACGCAUGGAGCACAUGUCCACAUGACUCGACUUACACCGCGCAGAGCAGAGCCAUUAGAACCGCAGAGCGACGACGGAAUCUCUCCCAAAAGGCCGUCUCACCAAGAUCACACAUGCAUCCAUCCCCCCCUCCCCCCCUCCCUCGGUACUCCCUAAAUCUUGCGAACCCCCUCGAAGAAACGCAGUGAGACCCUUGCACAAGCAGACCACAUGCCGCGCCAUGAGAUGUCCCUCGUCCGACCUUGCCCCUGAGUCCCUCCCCGUCU